CCGUCACAGCGUCUUCUUCAGCGCCCUCCUCAGAGGUGAAGUCUUCAACCACUCUGAACUCGUCUGCUCUCUCCUGAGAGUUUCCUUAGCAUGGAAGGGAAGGAGCCUGCCACGGAAAUGGAGGCGCUCAUCCAGCGGCUGAGGCUCCACCGGCCGCCCCCCUCCCCGUAUGCCGGUGAUCCAUCCACGGCGGCGACCCCCAACGCGGGUGAGCUGUUUAAGCCGCGGAGGGCCGCCGUGCUGAUCUGCCUCUUCCGGGGCUCCGCUGGGGAGCUCCGCGUCAUCCUCACCAAGCGCUCAUCUUCUCUCUCCACUCAUUCUGGGGAGGUUGCAUUGCCAGGUGGAAAAGUUGAUGAAGGCGAUGCUGAUGAUGCAGCUACAGCAUUGCGGGAAGCAAAGGAGGAGAUUGGGAUGGAUCCAUGUCUGGUCACUGUUGUUACCUCUCUCGAGCACUUCCUGUCAAAGCAUCUUCUGGUGGUUGUCCCUAUUGUUGGCAUACUCUCAGAUAUAGAAGGAUUUAAACCUGUUCCCAACAUCCAUGAGGUUGAUGACAUUUUCGAUGUACCCCUGGAGAUGUUCCUCAAGGAUGAGAACAGGAGAUCCGAGGAGAGAGAACGGAUGGGGCAAGUCUUCACAAUUCAAUACUUCGAUUACGAGAAAGAAAACCGGAAGUACGUAAUCUGGGGAUUGACUGCCCGCAUCCUGAUCCAUGCUGCUUCCAUUGUGUACCAGCGGCCACCGGACUUUGUAGAACGAAGAUUACAGUUCAACCUUCCAAAGUACUAAGCGAAGUGGUGCUCGAUUUCUAGUUCAGGAUCUGCUACAAGCUAAUUUUUUAAGUAUUGUCUCAGUUAAUAUGAUGCUGGGCGUGAGUACGCUAUUUGUGGAAUGUAAAGGAUACGAUAUGCUUAUAUAUGAUCAAUAUAUUCUUUCUAUAAUUCAGUA